AUGGAGACUCUAAUGGGAAGAAAACAGCAUCUGUGGGGUUUCGCUGUGGAUGUCCAGGCCUUUGAUUAUCAGCUGACUGCACAGUCGCCUCCUGAUUUUGAUCAUCGGAUUCCAAGCUUUGAUACACCAGGACAUCUAGAGAAUUGUCCUUAA